ACUGAGCAUGCGUAUGGUCGAAUACUUGGACAUGGAAAGAACAGGGAACCGAGAGAGUAUAUCCCAUGAAUCAUCAAUUCCCAUGAACAAGGAAUCUGCAGAAGCCCUAUAACCAGACGGAAGAGACUGGUAUGAAAGUUUUCACAUGCUCGAGAUCCAGUAAAGUCAAACAGUGGCUGGUACAACUUUUACCUAGCAGGGAUACCGGGCUCAUGAAUAUUAACUAAACACGCAAGUCUGGGCGAUCUUGAGGAAGAGUGAGGAGAAAAUUUCUUUAGCGUAGUGACCAGCAUGGCAAGGGAUGUAGAAAAUGACAUAGAUACUUUCAUUCAGCAGCAGAAACACAAGCUUGCUCAGGAGAGACAUGAUCUUGAACAGGAUGAGCCAGUGCAUGAGCGCAAGACCUGGGAUAAACCCACCAAUGAAAAAAGGCCUACCCUAGCAGAGGAGCCUCAUCAAGCACCAACUCCAGAAACUGGACUGCCGAUUGGACGCAAUAGCUACGAAGCAAGACGAAAAAAACUGCAGGAGGAGAGACGCAAAGAAUAUAAUGAACUUCUAUUAAAGAAAUCUCCUGCUAAGGGGCCAAGGCGGCUACCCACACCUAAUGGAAGAAGUUUACCUGUCGGAGGAGGUCAAGACUCUGUGACAGACAGGAGGAAGGCACUGCAGGAGGAACGUAGCAGAGAGUACAACAAAAUGCUUGCACAGUCCCCUAAACCUGUUAGACCACCGAAGAUAGCUGAUGAGGGUGGUCUCCCUGUGGGCCAGUAUGCAGAACAAAAGAAGAAGCUGGAGGAUGAAAGGAUCAAGGAAUAUAAUGAAUUUCUCCAAAAGAACCCCCCAGGUACCCAUAGGCAGAUUCUGGAGCCUAAGACAGGUGGCAAACAUGUGCAUUUUAAUAGAAACGCAACAGACGAGGAACUACAACAGAAACCUAUUCAGCACCAACCCUAUCCUUAUAGUGAUUAUGAACAUUCAGCCAGUCAUGAAAGACUUAAUCACAUUAGAAAUCAGGAGGAUCAGAGAUCUGUUCAUCAGCAUCAUCAUGAUCUCAGCAGAGUAAGGGAUCCUGAUCACCAGAGAUCACCUUUGCAGGAUAGGCUUGAUCACCUCAGAGAUGAACACUAUUAUCAAAGGACUGUUCGUCAAAAACAGCAUGAACCAAAACGAGUGUAUGAUCCAUAUGACGAAUCACCAUUACAUGACCGUCUUAUCCAUAUCAAAGAUGAACGCAGUCCAAGAUCAGUUCAUCUAACUGGAGACAUUCACAGAAAAACUUCUGAUCCUGCAGAUAGAUUUGAUCAUGGCUCGUACGAGUAUAGACAGACAGGAGAAAAAUCUAUACACCCAAGUCAGAAAAACUUUCAGAGCUCUAGGAAGGAGAAUUUGCCUCCUAAACCUGCCACCCCAGACACUUUCUUGAGUAAACUAGGAGGUCAUGACCGAGAGAAGAAAAAACUUGAUGAAGAAAGAAAGAAAGAGUACAACCAACUCUUACAGCAGAAAGCUGCUCGAGGUGAGAAGAUACCAGGGAGGGGUGGAGAGACUCUGGGUGUCCCAGGCCUGGAUGACAGAUUAAAUGAUCAGAAACAUGAAGGAAGAAACCCAGAACUGUCCAGAAGGCAGCAGGGACAUCUUGGACCAGAUGAAAACAGUAGUUGGCUACAGAAUGGGCCACCCUCUGCACCGCGAAAGGGUUGGGCCACACCCACAUAUGAGGAGAUACUACAGAAGAAACAGCAAGAGGAGAACCGUUACAGGCGCUAUGAUGACCCAGAAUUGACCAGACCUAAUCCUAAACUGACCAGUAGAGACAGAGAUUUGUACGGAUCUGAUCCGUCAAGAACCAAUCGUGAUAAAAGUCUGCUUGAAGAUGGUGACUGGCUGAGGCCUGAGCGAAUGAAAAAUGACCUGUAUAAUGCGGCCCAACAGCAGCAGCGUCCACAGCAAAGUCAGGCUCACUACAUUCCCAGACCCUCAAGGCCUGACCCAUCGGACCACCCACAGGCUACCUUGUUGAUAGAUCCAAAGAAAGUUGGUCAUGAGGAGACGUCCAGUGCCAAGCGACGAAAGAAGGAAUCUUACCGUCAUGAGCUGGAGCAGCAGAUCCAGGAGCAUUUAGAUGCCAAGAAGUGGGAGAGAGAUCAUGACUGGCGUGUGAAUGCCACAGGUUUUUUUGACCCAGAGAAGGACCCUGAUCGUUUGAGGGGACUUCCUUUGACAGAGGCUCGAAAAGAGCAACCACCACGUGACAGGGGUAUGAUAAAUGGGGACUUGCAGAGACCCCUCAAUCAUGAGCCCCCUCUGUCACAGAGGAUAGAUUACCAACAUCGUAGUAGCGACAUCAAUCCAUAUUUAAAUGCCUUGGAUUCACUCAGCUCCAGAACCGAUGCGAUACUGGAGAGACGACCAGAUUUAGGGUACAGCGGUGGAGGUACUGGUAUCCUGGACAGGGGCUGGGAAGGACUGAUUGACAGGCCUAGACAGCCAAUCAGAACACAGCCUCCACCUGGAUAUGAAAACUCGACCUAUCUAUCUAGAGUUCCUGAUUAUGGAUCUGUGAAUGAAGCCUACCAUCUGUCUGGUUUGAGGAAUCCCCUGGAGUCAUACAAUGAUAUACCUUCUACUACUCUUGAUGCAGCACCAACUACCACCAGGGUUCAAUUUGAUGAACCAAGUUCGAGCCCUAGAAAGACUGAAGGUCGGCGGAGUGUUCUGCCUUUUCCUGUAGAGGAGCCCGGCCCUGUUAGGACAAAACAGAAGAAGGACACCCAAUCCUACCAGGCAGAACUACAAAAACAGAUUGAAGAACAGAGGUUAAAAAAGAAGAGAGAGAAAGAAGAGCAGGAAAGACUUGACAGGAAAUGGGAAGAAGAGAACAAAAAUUACAACCCCUUUGGCCGAGGUGGGGGUGGGGCUCCCAUCAAGGACUCUCAGGGACAGACUUUAGCUGAUCUACGUCAUCUGAGAAUAAAUGAACAAGAUCAUAGUCCUACCAAGCAGUCACCUCGUGGGCCACCUCAACCUGUGUCGCCUCGACUGGUGGCCAAAUCACCACCCCCAAACCAACAAGGGGAGUCAACCUAUGCUAGAGGUGGCCAUGGCAUAUUUGGUGUACCUAAGACCUAUGAGGAAAAGACAGCCAGUGACAAGUACAAGGAUGAUCUUCGCCAGCAGAUUGAGGACAAGCGUCGUCGUGAGGCAGAGGAGCGAGAAAGGCUGAGACAAGAGGAGGAGCGAGAGAACCAGCGACUGGAGGAGCAGCAGAGGCGGAUCCAGCAUGAGUUUGAGGAGGAGCAGAGGAGGAAGAUGGAGAAGGAGGAGGAGGCAAGAAGAAAAAACGAAGAAAUACGUAAGCUGACCGAAGAAAAGAGAAAACAAGCUGAAGAACAACGCAAGGAGCAAGAAGAACGUAAGCUACAGGAGCUCAGAGAAAGGCAGGAAGAGGAACGGAAGGCUCGGGAAAGGGAACUUCAGUCAAAUGCCGACCGACCAAGUUCACCUCCUGUACCAGCAGUGAAAAGUAAACGUGCUAUGGAUGAAGACUCCUCUAUUGAUGCCACUGCAAUGCUUUCACAUCUAAAUCUGGAACAGCGAGGGAACUCACCAGUUGUUCCAGCCCUGCGCAAAAAUAGUGCUCCUGCUCCUCCUAAAACACAGCAGGCCCCAGAUUCCAUGGCUGCCGAGAGCAGACCUCCGAGAGCUAGCAGUGCUGAUGUACUGAACCAGCUAGCAGCCAUGAGAAGACAACUUCAGACUGAGCGGGCUCGUGUGGAAAAUGCUUUAGAUCACCAAAAGAAUGACUACGAAGUUUAUGACCCCAGGCUGGUUGUACAGAGACCCCCCAGUAGUCCCGCGACGUGAACCUGAAUUUGAUAUUUUUGAAGGGGCACGAAACCGUGCCCCUGUUAGUGUUAGACGACAACCUCCUGAUAAUGCCAGCACGUCAAACAUCAAGGAGUUUAAUUACCUCAAACAUAAAGGAGGAUCAGAGUCCCGGCGUGGAGUGCGUGAGAGUUAUCCAGAGACCCCUCAGACUAACUUAGACUUGGAGGCUCAACAGCUGGCUCUCAUACAGAAGCAGGAGGAUGCCCUGAGGAACCAAGCCUACAGAAGUGUAUAUGAGCAAGAGUUGCCAAAUAUGGCACCCCAUGACCUGGGCUUGACCAGAAAGGAACCUGACACUCCCCAGGCCCUACUCCAAUCUGACAGUGCUUUUAUAGGUUUGUUUAAACACAUGCCUCGU